AUGCUGGGCUUGCUGCUGCUGAUGAUGAGGCACCCGGUCAGGAUCUCAGCAAGGGACCAGGGACAUCCCAAGGCCUGCGGUCGGCGUGCAGUACAGGGUAAGGUGCUGGGCGGGACACCGGCCACAGAGUCCAGAUGGCCCUGGCAGGUGAGCGUGCACUACGCUGGCUUCCACAUCUGCGGAGGCUCCAUCCUCAGCGAGUACUGGGUGCUGUCAGCUGCACACUGCUUCUACCGGGAGAAGAACAUCAAGACCUUUGACUUGUACGUGGGCCUCAUCAACCUCCUGAGGGCCAACAACCACACCCAGUGGUUCGAGGUGAACCGGGUGAUUCUGCACCCCACCUACCAGCUGAACCACCCUGUCGGAGCGGACGUGGCACUGGUGCAGCUGAAGUCCCGGAUUGAAUUCUCCGACUUUGUGCUCCCUGUCUGCCUCCCACCUGUGGGCCUGAACCUCAGCCGCCUCUCCUGCUGGGCCACAGGAUGGGGGCUCAUCUCCCAGCAAGGUCAUUCCUCAGAUGAACUGCAGGAGGUCCAGCUGCCUCUGAUCCCAAGAACCCUGUGCCAGCUGCUCUACGGGCAUCCAUCCUACAUCACGCAGGAUAUGCUGUGUGCUGGGGACAUCUGGCACUUGAAGACAGUGUGUGAGGGAGACUCUGGGGGCCCACUGGUCUGUGAAGUCAAUGAGACCUGGGUGCAGAUUGGAAUAGUAAGCUGGGGUCGUGGUUGUACCCAGCCCGUGUUCCCUGGAGUGUAUGCCCGUGUCUCCCAUUUCUCACGUUGGAUUCGUUAUAACAUAGAAGUGACACCCAACCCUCCUCAGCCAACCCCUGCCCUUGCCCCUGCUUUUCCCUCUACUUCCAGUGUGCUGGUGGUUAUGCUGGUCAGCCUGCCAGCUUUGUGAAUACCAA